AUGGCGUUCAUCCAGUCAUUUCCCAGUUAUUGGGUCUUCGGCUUUGGUGCUGUAUUUCUCGUUUCUUCUCUGAUAGCUCUCAGCCGUCGUCAAAGAGUCUCCGUCCUGGAUCGAUUUCGCUUCCCUCGGCGGCGUGCUUCUGGAGCUUCAACACCACCACGUUCUAUUUCGCCAGGCAACACAGAGAAGAAAGCUGCCCCUGCAGCGCUGGACUUUGUCGAAACCUUUCCGCCUUCCCUGCGAUCAACUCUCCCUCAGCUUGCAAAGUCUUUGCCAGCAGUGAAGAAGAAGAUUUUAUUAUCUCCUGAACCUGCGGCUGGAUCGUUUGUCAAGGAUCUGCUGCCGAUGACUACCUCAUAUAUGGACACUCGCUCUCCCAAAUACACCCCUACUGGCUUGUCUACUGAAGAGAUCAUAGCAUUGGGUGACUUUCCAGCCUAUGAUAUCCUGACUGGUGUUCCAAACCCCUCACCGUUCAAAGAAUUCAAUCCUCUUACGGCUGUUACACGGCCAUAUCGUCCUCUAAGAUGGAAUUAUCACCAGACAAUGUCUCUCACGAAAAUGGAGCCGGACUGGUGGUUAGAAAUUGAUAAAACAUAUCCUUCCAUGAUUGCGGAGCGCCAGAAGCUCUUCCGUCUUCACGGCAACAAAGUUCUCGAUUUUCUACCAGGAUCCGAACUCGCUUGUAAAGAAUUGAUGGAGCAAUGUUUACUCUUCUACUGUCACCGCUUUCCGCUUCAUUUCUCGCUAUCAAAGGACAGAAAGAUAUUUACCAAUAACUUACUAAACACUACAACCGAAAUCAAGAGCCAGCCUCCCCUCCAUAUCCUUCUCAACAACGUGCCUGAGGAUUUCGCCAUCGUCCUCCGAAACGAAGUUGAUGGCAUGUAUUACAUGCGCGCCGGUGUCAUCUGUUCCUCACUGGGCUGGAACGUAUCCACCAAACUCGGUCUCCAACUCCGCGAUAUCCACGGCUCAAUUCCAGAUUACAAAGAAAAGAUGCAAUUCUCCAUGGACCGUUAUUUCUCUAAAAUGCCCACCAACGCCCCAAUCCAGCGCGGAUCCUGGGGCUUGGAGGUCGGUUGCCCAUUAUUCAUGCCUCCAGGCGACCCGCACGAGAAGCUCCGAGAAGUCCAAAGCCCAGAUCUCAAAAUCGAGGACUGUAAUCUGAGAGUAGACUGGCAAACCCUCCGUCGUAUGCCUCUCAGCGGUGCCAUCGUCUUCAAUUUCACAGCGCUCUUCACGCCUGUCACGGAAUUCAGAGAUGAACCUAAGAUUCCUGCGCUGCUGAUUAAGAUUUUGAGGGAGGGGAAGAGGAGUCUGAUGGAGUAUAAGAAUACGUGGCAUGUGGAGCAUAUGGUACUUCCUGCACUUGAGGAGUGGGCGAGGGAACAGGUUGAGAAGGGGGUGGUGAAGGCGGAUUGGGAAGUCGCGACGUUGGAUGAGAGUCCGUAUUUUGAGGGGUGGGAGGAGAAGUGGCGGAGGGCGCAGGGGUAUUGA